AACCCGUGGACCACCCAGUACCCCUGUGCAGGCUCUGAAAGGCGAGAAGGAUUGAAAGUGACCCCAACUGAACCCAGUUUCCUUUCCCUGUUCAGUGUGUGGAAGAUACUGAAUGUCCAACCACUGGAUGGAGGUGGGGGGGCACACCUGCUAGUCACCAGGGCAUCUUGACUCUCAUUCACAAAGCCAGCUGGGCCUCCGUGCAGCCGCUGACCACAUUUCCCAUGGGCUCGUGUCACUGGCCCAACGUGUGUGCUGUGCAGAAGCUCAUCGGCACCAACAAGAAGUACUUCACCAACUGCAAGCAGUGGUACCAGAGGAAAAUCUGUGGCAAAUCCACGGUCAUCAGCUAUGAGUGCUGUCCUGGAUACGAAAAGGUGCCAGGCGAGAAGGGGUGUCCUGCAGCCCUGCCUCUCUCAAACCUUUACGAGACCCUGGGUGUCGUUGGGUCCACCACUACUCAGCUGUACACGGACCGCACGGAGAAGCUGAGACCCGAGAUGGAAGGGCCCGGCAGCUUCACCAUCUUCGCUCCGAGCAACGAGGCUUGGGCUUCCUUGCCAGCCGAAGUGCUGGACUCCCUGGUGAGCAAUGUCAACAUCGAGCUGCUCAAUGCCCUUCGCUACCACAUGGUCAACAGACGGGUCCUGACAGAUGAGCUGAAACACGGCAUGGCCCUCACCUCCAUGUACCAGAAUUCGGGCAUCCAAAUCCACCACUAUCCCAACGGGAUCGUGACCGUGAACUGCGCUCGGCUGCUGAAAGCCGACCACCACGCCACCAACGGUGUGGUGCACCUCAUUGAUAAGGUCAUCUCCACCGUCACCAACAACAUCCAGCAGAUCAUCGAGAUCGAAGACACCUUCGAGACCCUUCGGGCUGCCGUGGCCGCAUCCGGGCUCAACACCGUGCUUGAAGGUGACGGCCAGUUCACGCUCUUGGCCCCUACCAAUGAGGCCUUCGAGAAGAUCCCCGCUGAAACCCUGAACAGGAUCCUGGGUGACCCAGAAGCCCUGAGAGACCUGCUCAACAACCACAUCUUGAAGUCGGCCAUGUGUGCAGAAGCCAUCGUGGCAGGGAUGUCCAUGGAGACCCUGGAGGGCACUACGCUGGAGGUGGGCUGCAGCGGGGACAUGCUCACCAUCAACGGGAAGGCCAUCAUCUCCAAUAAAGACAUCCUGGCCACCAAUGGUGUGAUCCACUUCAUCGAUGAGCUGCUCAUCCCAGACUCAGCCAAGACGCUGUUUGAGUUGGCUGCAGAGUCUGAUGUUUCCACAGCCGUUGACCUUUUCAGACAGGCUGGCCUCGGCACUCAUCUCUCCGGAAAGGAGCGGUUGACCCUCUUGGCCCCCCUGAAUUCCGUAUUCAAAGAUGGAACCCCUAACAUUGAUGCAUAUACAAAGAAUUUGCUUCUGAAUCACAUGGUUAAAGACCAGCUAGCCUCCAAGUAUCUGUAUCAUGGGCAGACCCUGGACACUCUGGGUGGCAAAAAACUGAGAGUUUUUGUUUAUCGCAAUAGCCUGUGCAUCGAGAACAGCUGCAUUGCCGCCCAUGACAAGAGGGGGAGGUAUGGGACACUCUUUACCAUGGACCGAAUGCUCACCCCCCCGAUGGGGACUGUCAUGGACAUCCUGAAGGGGGACAAUCGCUUCAGCAUGCUGGUGGCCGCCAUCCAGUCUGCCGGGCUGACGGAGGUGCUCAACAGGGAAGGCGUCUACACAGUCUUUGCUCCUACGAAUGAGGCCUUCCAAGCCAUGCCACAGGAAGAGCUGAACAAACUCUUGGGCAAUGCCAAAGAGCUGGCCAACAUCCUGAAAUACCACAUUGGCGAUGAGAUCCUGGUCAGCGGGGGCAUCGGGGCCCUGGUGCGGCUGAAGUCUCUCCAGGGGGACAAGCUGGAAGUCAGCUCAAAAAACAACGUAGUGAAUGUCAAUAAGGAGCUGGUUGCGGAAGCUGACAUCAUGGCCACCAAUGGGGUGGUCUAUGCCAUCUCCAGUGUCCUGCAGCCUCCAGCCAACAGACCUCAGGAGCGAGGGGAUGAACUUGCAGACUCUGCCCUUGAAAUCUUCAAACAGGCGUCAGCAUAUUCCAGGGCCGCCCAGACCUCUGUGAAACUAGCCCCCGUGUAUCAGCGGUUAUUAGAGAGGAUGAAGCAUUAGCGCGGAGGAUGCGGGAGGAACGCACUUCGGCAGCUCACCACCACUUUCUCUGAGUUUACCAAAGAGACUGAAUGUUUUUGAAACCAAAUGUCACACUUCAGUGUGCCUGGGCUGCACCGGAAUGAGAUCUGAGCCCUGGGUGGGUGGAGGGAGGAGGGAAGGAGAUGUCCUUUUAUUUGGUUUUCCCCCCAAACAUGGCUGUUAACCCACUGCAUGCGGAGACCUGGAUAUCACUGCCUGAUAGUCGCUCCUAAAAAGGACCUGUUCCGAACGUGGAAUUUCCCACCCAUGCCAAGUGCUCUGGAAAGGGGGGCUGAAGUUUUGUGGCACUCACCAAACACGAAUCAGGCAGUCUAGCAUGAUGGGGGCGGGGAUUCUGACACAGUUCUUGUAAAGCUCUUUUACAACUGGAGAAAUGGCAUCAUUAUAAGCUAUGGGUUGAACUGCUCUGUGCCUGCGUGUGGCUUGGACGCUUCUUGGUGGCCCUGUCCGGGUAGAAAAGGGAGGGUAGGUAGAGCAUGCCGAGCCCAGGAUUUCCCAGGUGUGGCAGAGCCAUCGUGUGUUUGUAAUAAUAAAACCAAAGAAAUGUA